AUGUCGUCGCAGGCUUCCAGACCAUUAGAGAUCCGUCCAAGGAGUCGAGGCUCUUCUCCGGCAACAAGCUCCCCGGUUCCUUCGUCUCAACAUUCUCGACAGGCUUCCAUAGCCCGGUUGUCCUCACCUGUCCCUCAUCGUCUCAAUACCCCUAGUGUUCAACAGGUCCCUACUCCUCAGCAAAUAGCGGCCGACCACCACCCCGAUUCGAACCUUCCGAAACUUGACAGUGCGGGCUCUCUACCCGGCCCGGGCCAGUCUGCCCUUUCCACAGCUCUUGCAGAUAAAAACAACCGCACCCCUCCUAGGGGGAGGACGCCUCCUGUGCCAUCGACCGAGUCCACUUCAAGACAAUCGUCGGCGACGGCAAGAGGUGGGCUAGGCAAUCACGAGAGAAUACCGAGGAGCAACUAUGGGUCUUUCGAUGCUCGAGAGCCGUCUGGAAGUCCAGCACCUACGGAGGAUCCGGAAGUGGUAAAGCGCCAUCUGGUGCAGCCAGAUCAAGGUUCCGCCCGGCAUGGGCGUGCUCUCCGCUUGGAUCUAAACGAGCCGGGCACUGGCCUUGGCCCUGAUGAAUUCUCGAGCCUCCGUUUGCAAGGGGGAGACAUGACACGGGCUGUUUAUCGUUGGGCCGAAGACCAGGCCGGAAACCCCCCAGGUCGUUCGCAGAGAAGCAAGAGUUUCAGUGCCCCGCGACCGGAACCAGAAAGUGAAGUACUUGACAUUCAGAACAUCCGUGUGCCAGGGGGUUUCCGCCGCCAUUAUUUGCGGCGAGCCGUGCAAAGUCCGGGUGCUGGAGGUGAAGACCAGGAUGCUGAAGCAUCUGCGGGACAAGGUGACGGUGCAGGUUCCACGAGAAAUGCUAAGCCUAAGCUAUUCACCAAUAAUUUCCUGGAAUUUCUUACACUUUACGGGCACUUCGCGGGUGAAGAAUUGGAGGAAGACGACGAAGCUCUUGGACCGGACGAGUAUUUCUCCUCCGACGCCUGGGACGAAGGCAGCGACCAAGAAGCCGGCGAAGAUAGUGCUCUGCUGGCGUCCAGCACGCAUACACUCCGCAAGAGGAAGCACAAGGAGAGGCCCUCGGGAGGUAACAACAGCAGUUUCAAUGCUGCUCUACUCCUUCUCAAGUCAUUUGUGGGUACCGGUGUGCUCUUCUUGCCCCGUGCAUUCCUGAACGGAGGUAUGCUAUUUUCGUCACUUGUCCUCCUGGGGGUUGCCGCUCUGAGUUUCCACUGUUUCAUUCUUCUCAUCAACACCCGCAACAAGGUCGAGGCAUCCUUUGGUGAGAUGGGAGGCAUUCUGUACGGAAAAUGGAUGAGAAAGUUGAUUCUUUCUUCGAUCGUACUCAGUCAGAUUGGCUUUGUCUCGGCUUACAUUGUCUUCACCGCGGAGAAUUUGCAAGCAUUCGUGCUUGCUGUCUCGAAGUGCAAGAGUUUCAUCGACAUCAAGUACAUGGUCUUGAUGCAAUUGAUCAUCUUCUUGCCCCUGAGCUUGAUUCGGGACAUCAGCAAACUCGGCUUCACUGCUCUCAUUGCCGAUGCUUUCAUCAUGUUGGGGCUGAUCUAUCUGUACUACUAUGACAUCUCCGAGAUUGUUUAUCAGGGAGGUGUGGCCGACAUCGCCUUGUUCAAUCCAUCGACCUGGACCCUGUUCAUUGGCACGGCAAUCUUCACUUUCGAGGGUGUUGGCCUGAUCAUUCCGAUUCAAGAGUCAAUGAGGAACCCUCAGAAGUUCCCAGGCGUUCUUGCCAUUGUCAUGGUCAUUGUGACCAUCCUCUUCACCUCGAUCGGAGCGCUGUCGUAUGCAGCGUACGGGUCCAAGACGAAGACCGUCGUCAUCCUCAACUUGCCCCAGGACAGUAAGAUUGUCAACGUCGUCCAGUUCCUGUAUUCCGUCGCCAUCCUGCUUAGCACACCACUGCAACUGUUCCCGGCCGUCCGAAUCAUGGAGAACGAGCUCUUCAGCCGUUCGGGAAAGUACAACCCCUACAUCAAAUGGCAGAAGAACGUAUUCCGCUUCUUCUUGGUUUGCCUGUGUGCACUCGUCGGAUGGUGUGGAGCGGGCGAUCUGGACAAGUUCGUUGCUUUGGUGGGCAGUUUCGCGUGUGUGCCGUUGGUAUACGUGUAUCCACCGAUGUUGCACUUGAGAGCUGUAGCUCGAAAGCCAUGGCAGCGUGGGUUGGAUUAUGUGGUCUGCAUUUUUGGGCUUGUGGGCUGCCUUUAUACCACGGUCCUGACCGUGCAGCAGUGGGCUGCCGGCGGGUCAGCCAAAGCGCCUGGAUACUGUGAUUGA